GGGCCUUCGGCUGGAUGCGGAGCUGGGGAUGCAAGGCUGCUGGCGACGCUUUGCGCUCUGAAGCGCCGCCUGCUCGGCUGAGCAAAAGUGCGCCGCAGGCCUAGAGGUGCUUCCUAGGAGCAGGAGGGUCAAGCAGGGAGGACCCGGGGAGAAGGACGAGCCUCCAGGCGAGAGAUUGCCGCAAAGCAGAACGUAACUCUCCACCUCUUCUUCCCUCCGAGCUUUGCGGUGCAUCGCCGGGGCUAAAAACCUGGCCCUCGUCCUUUAAAGAUAGAUAUUGUUAACUCAGUUCUACCAAAGCACGCACCAGCAUGGCUUCAUGGAAUGGCAGAAACCCAGCAGACAGGAGAAGAACAGGAGAAAGGCGCAGAUCAUCUCAAGAAACAUCAGAGGACUUGGUAGCUGAACAGACUGAGGAGGUGUUCCGGAGCUAUGCUUUCCAUCGAUACCAGCAGGAGCAGGAGCAAACUGAGGGGGAUGCGCCAGUUGAUCCAGAAAUUGCUGCAAUUCAGCAGGAGCCAAAUAGCAUCAACAAUUCGGUGGGUCGACGCUUAGCUAUCAUUGGUGAUGACAUCAAUGCACGGUAUGAUAAGGAGUUCUCUGAGAUGCUGAAGUCCUUGCAGCCUUCCAAGGACAAUGCAUAUGAGUACUUCACCAGAAUAGCCUCCAGUUUGUUUGAAAGCGGCAUCAAUUGGGGGCGUGUGAUAGCGCUGCUGGGCUUCGGCUACAGGAUGGCAAUCCAUGUAUACCAGCAUGGCAUAACUGGCUUCCUGAGAAGAAUUGCACGUUACAUGGCUGAAUUCGUGCUACACAAUCGCAUUGCACGAUGGAUUGCUCAGCAAGGAGGAUGGGUGGCAGCACUGGACUUGAGCAAUAUUUAUUGGAAAUACAUGUUGAUGAUAGCCGCCGUGAUUGUGCUGGGCCAAUUCGUUCUACGGCGUUUCUUCAAUGACUGACAGGAAAAGAAAAUGCUGCUGGUUUAUUGCAUAAAAAAGAAAGAUCCAAGAAACAACAAAAUGGGAAAGAAUGCAUGUUACCAGCUUCUGUUCCACCAGGACAUCCGUUUAUUAAUCCUCUGCGUGGUGAUUCCAAAGCAAAAACUUUAGUUAAAAGAAGAGUGGCACCAACCCUGAGGCAGAAUUUGUUCCAUCAAGCCGCCAUUGACCAGCAGAUCUUCAUGGGAAACUCCAGGCAGGUACUCAUGGUAUUGCAGAUGAGAAAAAUAGAUGCACUUCCCACUGCAAGGUCUUUUUAAGAAGAACACCACCUCUUUGAGUUCAUUCUCAGGACUAAUUGAAUUCUCAAUCAGCUGAACCUCAUCACCAUAGAAAGAGUAAAACCACAAGGGGAAUGUCCCUUGAUCUGUACAGACCAAUUUUGAGCAGUUUUGCUCCUACGAGCUGGACAAGGGCUGAAAUAAUUGACUAAUUGCAGAGCUCUCUGAAUUUAUCUGUGAAUCACAUGCAAGGUUAUACAUGCUAGAUAUGAAUAUAUAUCUAGAUAUUCCAGAGAAAGGGAAUAAUGUGAUAGCUGCAUUAUUUUUUAUAGGCACUUUUUCAUGCACUUGAUAAUUGCUGUCCUAA